AUGAGUUUUAUUGGAAGUUAUUCACUGUACAUGAUUUCUGAUCAGACGACGACAAUAGCAAAGCUAAAGAAGAAUACUAUGAUCGAGCAAGAACCGAAUGUGGCCACUUAUUUGGAUAUUAUUAUUUCUGAGCAAAACAUCAUCGUAUCGAAUAGGACACAAAACUUCUCGCAAGUAGACGAAGCUGAAAACGAUCCUGAAGAUACACAUGUACAAUCCUAUAUUCGUAUAUUAUUGGAUCGAAUUGAUUCAGUACAGAGCUCGAAUCAAAUUACAAAUGUGGAUAAUCGGAAACAGUUCUUAUUUCAAAACAUAAUUGAAUUAGAUUCGAAACAAACAGCGAUUGUUAUCUCCUUAAUCACGAGCUGUAUUGUAACUUUUCUGGCGAUAGUUUUGAUGUUUCAUCGUUCACGCCGACAGCGAAAUAAAUUUCACAUCACUCGAUUUGGCUCUCUAUUAGUCAACAACGAAAACAAAAAACACGAAAUGAUAAAAUUACUCUCCUAA